CACACGAAAUAACGCGUGCAGACGGCGUGUUGUCUUCACACGUAACAUCUAAAGACAUUUUUCACUUCGGGCCUGCUUCUUUCUCCGCACGCGCUUCGGAUCUCUGAUACUCUGCGUAACACCACUAAAGUGUCCUGAUUCUUUACACCUCUUAUAAUGAAAUCAGAGUCCAGACGCCGCUCUUUAGGAAAAUCUCCACAGACUCCUGCUGCUACUGGCUCAAAGAUUUACCACUGCUCAGAUUGUGGGAAGAGUUUUACUAAGAGUGGUGAUCUCCAAAAGCACGAGCGCAUUCACACGGGGGAGAAGCCGUAUCACUGUGGACAGUGUGGGAAGAGUUUUACUUGUCAGAGUCAUCUCCAAAUACACCAGCGCAUCCACACGGGAGAGAAGCCGUAUUACUGCUCACAGUGUGGGAAGAGUUUUACUCGUCAGGGUACUCUUCAAAUACACCAGCGCAUUCACACAGGAGAAAAGCCGUAUCACUGUGGACUGUGUGGGAAGAGUUUUACUUGCCAGAGUCAUCUCCAACAUCACCACCGUACUCACACAGGAGAGAAGCCGUAUCAAUGUGGACAGUGUGGGAAAAGUUUUACUUGCAAGGGUAAUCUCCAAAUACACCAGCGCAUUCACACAGGAGAGAAGCCGCAUCACUGUAGACAGUGUGGGAAGAGAUUUGGUCAAGAGAAUCAUCUUCAGACACACCAGCGCAUUCACACAGGGGAGAAGCCGUAUCACUGCUCGCAGUGUGGGAAGAGUUUUACUUGUCAGAGUCAUCUCCAACGCCACCUGCUCAUUCACACAGGAGUAAAGCCAUAUCGCUGUGGACAGUGUGGGAAGAGUUUUACUCGUCAGAGUCAUCUCCAAGUUCACCAGCGCAUUCACACAGGAGAGAAACCGUAUCACUGUGGACAGUGUGGGAAGAGUUUUACUUGUCAGAGUACUCUCCAUCGUCACCAGCGCAUUCACACAGGAGAGAAGCCGUAUCACUGUGGACUGUGUGGGAAGAGUUUUACUCGUCAUAAUCAUCUCCAAAUACACCAGCGCAUUCACACAGGACAGAAGCCAUAUCACUGUGAACAGUGUGGGAAAAGUUUUCGUGACCACAGUACCUUCCACAGCCACCAACAAAGUCAUACAGGAGCGAAGCUGUACAUCUGUGUACAAUGUGGACGGAGCUAUACUCAUUCAAGUUUUUUAAGGACACACAAGUGCUCUAACAUAAAGCCGUCAGAUCUUGACAUGUGAAUUUUUUCAAAGGGAGGUCAAGGGACAUUCUGACAAAACUAUAUUGUUAUAUUAUUUGUCUGUAGUGUUCUGCUGUCUGGUACUUUCUUGCUUGGUUUUUAGAAAGAUUCAUGAUUUUAUGCUGUUUUCCUGUUCUUUCCCCAAACAGUACAAUACCAAGCAUGGAAUACACAUAUUUAACCAAUGGGAAUGCCCUACUUUAAUCAACUAAUCCAGGCUUCUGCGUGAGACGUAUGAUGCUGACAUCUCGCUCCAACAUGAGCAAACAUAACCAGGAUGGCAUAACCGGGCAGGGGUGGCUCAGUGGUAAAAGGCUCUGGGUUACUGAUCAGAAGGUCUGGAGUUCAAGCCCCAGCACGGCCAAGCUACCAUUGUAAAAUGUACGUAAAUGUAACCAAAACACAGAGGCAUUGUAUCAUAAAUAUAGCAACAGGUGUUUUUUGUUGUUUCUUUUUUAUUGUUUUUUUUUUAAAUGUGAGCAUUCCAGUCUGACCUUCUGAUUCUUACUGCUGAUGAGUGGUUUGUGUGUUGUGGUAUGGCCUCUAUAUUACUGCACUUGAACUCUUCAAUUGGUGGAUUGUGAUACCUUCACCCCUGCCUUGUGAAUGUUAUUGAUGUCACUAACUGUUGUUUUGGGGGUUUUUUUCAGAGGUCUCGCAAUGUUUGUCAUUAGCUGCUGUUUUCCUUGGCUGACCUGUUUUUUUUUUUUCUUGUUUUUUUUUUUUCAAAUUGUUGUAAUCGCUAUACCCAAUGCUUGUGCAAUGGCUCUGAUAGAUUUUCCUUCUUUUCUCAGCUUCAAAAUGGCUUGAUUUUCUCUGUGUUGGCUUAUCCUUUUUAACAAGGCAAAGCCUAAGGCUCAGACCAACAGUAGACUUUCAAUGCUCAUAAUUCUCGAAACAUUCAAUGGUCUAGGGCAGCGGCCCCCAAACUUUUUUGCGCUAUGGCCCGGUUUAAUAUCAGACGAUAUUUUCAUGGACUGGCUUUUGAGGUGUGGCAGAUAAAUAAAACAAAAUGAAAUGACACGACCGGCAUAAAAACUGGGGCAUUUUAAAGAUAUAAUAAUAAACAUGAAUCCAUUGUGAAAUUGCAACUUUAUUAACUUGUCUUUUAAUACAGGGUUCUUGUCUCCAAGUGGCGAAGCAGUUUUAAAGGCUUUAUUGCCUCAUUAGAGAGCCGGUUGCCACAUAUCAUUCAGAGCGGGCUUGGUGCAUGGAAAUCACCUGUCGCGAUAAAACCAUAUUUCAAGUAGGACUCCUGGUAUUGUCUGUUAAAAGCAGCUUUCUUUUUCUUGGAAGUCGUAAGCUCUCCUUACUGGGCCUAUUGCUCUUGGCAAAGAAACUUUCCAGAGAUGUUUUUGUUUUCUUUACUCAUUUUGCUAGAUUGUGGGUUUAUUUUUAGCAGUAACAUAUCACGUGACCGAGACAAGUGUCUUGACAUACGUCAAGAGUAAGUCAUAGACGGUUGUAAUGGAGAGAAACCGGUCAUUUUUCAAAAUGAAACAUAGUUCAGACUCGGAUAAUAAAUAAAACGUAAAUAAUGUAAGUCAUUUAUUCUUUCUUUGCGGCCGGUACCAAAUGACCCAUGGACUGGUACCGGCCUGGGGGUUGGGGAACCCAGGUAUAGGGCAUACCUGGCCAGAAAGAACCACCUACUAGUCACAUGUUCCAAUAAUUUUGAUCACAAAAAAUUGGUGGGUUCAAUUAAAAGGUGCCAUGUUCUAAGUUGUGUAACACACCAUAGAUUUAAAUAUGAAGUAAUAAAAGUGGAAACUCAGAUCUGUACUCUCGUAUUCAUCUUUUUAUAUAAAACACAAAUAUCUUUAGUGUAUAGUGAAAACAACAGAAUUGGUCUUGCUGUUCCAAUACUUUUUUGUGGAAUGAGUUAUCUUGUUCUAGACAUUAUAUUAUUUUCUAAAUAUAAAUAUUCAGUUACAUUCUGUUAAAUGUUAAAAGAAAAUGUAUGGUCUUUCUUUAAAAAAACAAUAGUAUUCCAUUGUUUUAAGUAAGUUUGUUCAGUGGUGUAUUGUGCUCAAAUUUUAUAUUUAUGUAUUAAACAUUUUAUGGACAA